AUUCUGCGAAGUUUGAAAUGCUUCAUGAGAUAUUAUUUGCUCUUUCAGGACAUUCUGGUGGUCUUUUUGUAGAUAACAAUGAAGAAAUCAAGGUGCUGUCAGAUGUACCAUUCAUUUGUCCAUCCGAAAUCGAUUUGUUGAACAAGCUGUGUCAGCUGGGGACUAACUACAGAGACUUCAACGCAUUUAUAAAAGAGAACGGAGGAACUUUAAGUUUGAAACAAGAUGGAUCUGGUAAAAUUGAGGGUAUUCAUGGACUGUACCUGAAAUCAUUUUGUCAUGGCCUUGACCAGUUGUUGGAUGACUACCGUCAAGCCCUUCACAGAUUAGAGAUGGACGCACUACAGGACCCACAUCUACCAAUCUCACAUCUGCUGUGCUCUCUCCAGGAGUACAAUCUUCUUUUCCCUGCUCUCGCUGCAGUUGUGGAACAGAUAUGCAAUCACAAGGCCCAUGGAUGUUAUAUCCUGGAUAUUCUACAUAAGAAUUCAAUGUGUGGCCUUCCUGUUGUCAAACUUGCCAUGCAUAGAAUCCUACAUGUUUGUCAUGCUGUCAUGUACAAACAAUUGUGUUCUUGGCUCCUACAUGGUGUACUGUUUGACCCUUACCAAGAAUUCUUCAUACAGCACUCAUCAGAUGAGGAUAUUAACCAAAAUGCAUCUUCGAAGGAGGAUGAAGAUGAUCUGGGUCUUCUGGGGGUCACAGGUAGACAGUUACAGCGUGCACUGUCUUUGACCUUACCUGCAGUAGAGAGCAGUAGUGGGGGUAGUAAGUUCUGUCUGAGAGCCAAUCUUCUACCAGUCUACAUCCCUGUCCGUGUCGCCAACAAGAUUCUCUUCACUGGCGAGGCUAUCCAGAUGUUUGAGAGUGACAAAAAACCCAAUGCUUUCAAACGAGGAGGUAUACUGAAGAACAAGGAAGAUGAGUUUGCCAAGGAUCUGUAUGAAAUGUCUAAGCAAGAGGAAUUCAAUGGGAUGAUGUUUGAGUCCAUGGUGGAUAAAAUCAGGACCUAUGUGGCCGAGCAUUUGUGGAGUUUGGUUGUUCAAGACUCUGAUCUUCUCAGUCACAUGAAGAUCAUAAAGGAUUUUUAUUUGCUGGGACGUGGGGAGCUUUUCCUUACAUUCAUUGAUCAAACCCAGACCAUGCUUCGAGUCCCACCAGUGGGAACUACAGAACACGAUGUCAACACUGCCUUCCAGCAGUCAGCACGGAAUGUUCUUAUCGAUGACGAAGAGCUUCUCCAGAGAUUCCAUUUAACAGUGGCCUACAAAGCUCCAGAGAAAAAGCAGACUGCAGAUAGUGUUUCUUCCGUAACUCAGUCAGCCUCAGUAGAGAGUGGCUGGGCUUCACUUGGUCUUGCUCAUACUGUUCAGUGGCCGCUCCAUAUAUUCUUUACACCUUCUAGCCUUCAAAAGUACAACCGUUUGUUCUGUUUUCUCUUGGCGGUACGGCGAGCCCAAGUCGACAUCCAGCAAUGUUGGGUAUUACAGAUGCAGUUCAAACAACGCUUAGUCAGUCGAGAGGAGAUGGCCAAAUGGCAGCUACGUACUCACAUGUCCUUUUUAGUGGAUAACCUGCAGUAUUACCUACAGGUUGAUGUAAUAGAGUCACAAUAUGGAAUUCUUGUGGAUAAAAUUAACUCAACACGAGAUUUUGAGGCAGUUCGACUUGCCCAUGACCAGUUCCUAUCUGCCUUACUGUCGCAGAGCUUCAUCCAUAGCAAGCCAGUAUCUAACUGUUUGAAUGAGAUUUUAGAGCAGUGUGGAGCCUUUAGUCACUUACUCACCCAUUGUGAGUCGCCUAUGUCACAAAGGGAGAUUACCCAGCUGCAGUCCAUAGGAAAGAGUUUCCAGCUGCAGUCCAACCUGCUGUUCAAGAUCUUGUCUAGUGUAAGAAGUCACAACGCUAGUCCUCAUCUGGCCCAGCUACUUCUCAGACUUGACUUCAACAAAUACUUUACCACCGCUGGGGGUCAGCUUGGCAGGUAUUGAACAGAAGAGAUGAAGAAACCGAGGCUUGUCAAAAUAGGCUAUAGAAACAACAGAUUUGUACCAGUAUAAGGAACUUAAGUGACUAAUGAACUCAGCAAUACAUGACCUAACAAAGGAAAAAAUAUAUAUUUAUUGUGCUAGAUGGAGCUAGAUAUCCAAGUUUUUUCCUGACAUUAAAAUAAACAGUGCUGCAAAUGUAAGUUUUUGUUUCUCCACAGAAUAUU